CCACGAUCCAUUUUCACUUGGAAAGCUUUAGCACAAGUUUUGCGUUGAACCAAAACGAAUGAAUUUACGAAAUCAGAACGAAAUCUUGCAAACAAAUUCAAAUGAAAACACAGAAGAUAAGAGCAAAAGUCAGGCAACCUAAAAUUUAUUACCGAAAUUUAUUAAAACAAAAACCACACAGCAUGCGAACUUUCUUGAGGGAGAUUUUUAUGUUUUGUUCGGUUUUGGUUUGAAUUUCUGUGAUUUUUUUCCUCGGUUUGAUAAAGUUGAACUUUACAGAGUUGAAUCGCUACGGUCAUGCACACAUUUUAUAGACGAUUGAAUUAAUACACAAUUGUUGGUCGUGACUCUUCUUCAAAAGGAUGAAAAAACGUUCAAUUGUUACAGUGGGCGUACAAUACAAUUAAAGUUUUAUUUUCACUACGAUUUUCGCUAUUGGUAGGUGCUUAGUGUAUCUGCACAAUUACAUUUCAACUAUUCGCAAAGGUUUCAUUAUGAAGAGAGUCGCAGAAAAUAUCACAUGGAAAUUUGGCUUAAAACCGUGAGAAAACCAAAAAUGAAUUGUUAUUUUGGAAUGAACAGACACUGAGCCAGUAAUAGUACUAGUCUAGUAUUUUUUGCUCACAUAUCCCAUUCAACAGCUCAGAUAUCGAUUUUUUAAACAAAUUUCUUUAAAGGAAAACAUGAACAAUACAGACGUCCAAUGUAGUUUUACUACAUCAUAUAAAUGCUGAAUUUUUUCUCACUGAAGGUAUUUGCAUUCUGUGCAGCACACGAGAAUCCUAUAAUAUUGCCAUAUUUCAUUGCCUCACGAAGUUCCAAAGCUGAAAUUUUCAUGUGUUCAUGACUUUUUAUAUCUAUUUCACUUUUAACCAUGUUUAUAAAUAGAAAACUCUCAAUUAAUUUGAUUAAUCCUUUGGUUCAGAUGAAGAACUAGGUCAUCAUUUAUGGCCCAUUACUAUGCAUCAUAACAAUUUUCCCAGAGAUUUCAAUUGAAUCAUGUUCCAUUCGUGAAUUUGUCUUUUUUUUACAUUAUAAUAAUUCUCGCCAACACAGUUCAGUUCGAUGACAUGAUAUAUGAAAAAGUAAUAAAAAUUUGUUUGAAAUAAUUCACUAUAGAUAAAUCUUUUUUUGAAUCAUGAACAAUAUCGAAUAUUUAAGUUUGUUGUGUUUAAAUACGUGUACACAAACAUGUUAAAUACAUGAGUCGCUAAGUACAUUUCAUACGUGUUGAAUACAAUUUGACGUUUUACAGCGGGCGGUUGAAUGAUUGUGCUUCACAACGCAAAACGUCAGUUUUUGUCGACUACUGAUAGAACGCAGAUGGAGCAAAAUUGAGAAAUAUUUGUUUUAUUUUCCAAAAAUCUAACAAUUUAUUGUUGAUUUGGUUGUAUUCAUAUCAUCGAAAUAGUUUUUUUGCUUGAAAAAGGUGAUUUUGUAUUAGAUAAUAAAACAAGAAUUGUAGCAGAAUAUUCAAGUGACGCCGUUUUUUGGAACAAUGAGUGACAAAAAACGUGAUUCGAGCCCAUCCAGCCAAUCCAGUGGAUCUGAUUCGGAUAGUGAUUCAUCAUCUUCAUCAUCCGGUUCGUCGAGUUCAUCAUCUUCAUCAUCUAGACGAUCAGCAUCUAAUGGGCCUAAUGUAUCGGUUGAAAAGAAUGAUAUAAUUAAAGACAAAACACCCGAUGGUUCACCAGCCCGUUCAAAUCGGUCUAAAUCAAGAGAACGCUCCAAGUCAAAAUCAAGAGAACGCUCCAAGUCGAAAUCAAAAGAACGCUCCCGGUCUCCUCCACCGACCGAACCUGUUGCAAAAGAGCAAGUUCAGAAUGUUGAUGUAACAAACGGAGAACAUGAAUCUACCAAGCGAUCGUCAGAUGAACCACAAAAAUCACCAGAAGAGAACAAUUCGCGUGGGUCAAGGUCACCAAACGAUGUGCGUUCUCAAUCUAAAGAAGUGAAACGGUCUAAAUCUAAGGAGAUGAAGCGCUCACCUUCCCUCGAAGCGAAACGGUCAAAGGAAGUUAAACGCUCUCGUUCACGUUCACGUUCACGUUCACGUUCACGUUCACGUUCACAUUCACGUUCACGCCGGCGAAAGACCCGUUCAAAGUCCAAAUCACGCCGUUCACGGUCAAGACAAUCCAGGUCAUGCCGUUCUAGAUCACACAGCCGCCGACGCAGAGAUCGUAGCAACGAUGGCCGAAGAGAUAGGGAUAAUGAGAGAAGAAGAAGAGGCCCUGAACGACGAAACAGAAGUAACGAAAGAAGAAGAAGAGACCGAAGCUCCGACAGACGUCGUGAUGAUAAAAAUCGUCGUUCAGAGCGAGACCGGUCGAAAAGUAAGGAGCCUGAAAAACAAAAUCCGGAAGCCAUACCGAAAAAGCAACAGAAAACUGUUGAUAUUUUAACUUCAAAAACGGGAGGCGCUUACAUUCCACCGGCCAAAUUGCGUGCAUUACAAGCGGAAAUUACAGAUAAAACAUCGGCUGCGUAUCAAAGAAUUGCAUGGGAAGCGCUCAAAAAGUCGAUUCAUGGAUUCAUUAACAAAGUAAAUGUGGAUAAUAUUGGCGUAAUCACACGUCAGUUGUUGAAAGAAAAUAUUGUUCGUGGUCGAGGUUUGCUGUGUCGAUCAAUAAUACAGGCACAAGCUGCAUCACCAACGUUUACCCACGUUUAUGCCGCUUUGGUGGCCGUAAUCAAUUCAAAGUUUCCAAACAUGGGUGAAUUAUUGCUGCAUCGUUUGGUCAUUCAAUUUAAACGUGGUUUCCGACGUAACGAUAAACCGAUAUGCCUCUCAGCCACACGUUUUAUUGCCCAUUUAAUUAAUCAACGAGUUGCACAUGAAAUUCUCGCACUGGAAAUUCUUACGCUGUUAGUCGAAAUGCCAACAGAUGAUUCCGUUGAAGUGGCGAUUGCAUUUUUGAAGGAAUGUGGUAUGAAGCUGCAAGAAGUAUCGUCCAAGGGAAUCAAUGCCAUUUUUGAAAUGCUGAAAAAUAUUUUGCACGAAGGAAAACUGGACAAACGUGUACAGUACAUGAUUGAGGUGGUGUUUCAAAUAAGAAAAGACGGUUUCAAGGACCAUGUCGCUGUAACCGACCAACUGGAGCUCGUCGAGGAGGACGAUCAAUACACGCAUUUGAUAAUGUUGGAUGAAGCAACCGAUACCCAAGAUAUUUUGAAUGUGUUUAAAUUUGACCCGGAGUAUGCGACUACCGAGGAAAAGUAUAAGGGCUUGAGUAAAGAACUGCUUGGAAGUGAUGCAAGCGAUGAAGAUGACGAUGACAAUUCAAGCGGUAGCGGUAGCUCAAGUGGCAGUGAGUCAGAUGAUGAAGAAGAGGCCGAACCAGAGAAAACAAAUGACGCUAUUAUUGAUGCCACCGAAACGAAUUUGGUUGCAUUACGUCGAACCAUUUACUUGACCAUUCAUUCCAGUUUGGAUUAUGAAGAAUGUGCACACAAACUUAUGAAAAUGGAACUCAAGCCCGGCCAAGAAAUGGAAUUGUGCCACAUGUUUUUGGAUUGUUGUGCCGAACAGAGAACAUACGAAAAAUUUUAUGGGCUAUUGGCGCAACGGUUUUGUUUAAUCAACAAAAUUUAUAUUGAACCAUUUGAAGAAAUUUUCCGCAAUACAUAUGGAACAACACAUCGUUUGGAUACGAAUCGUUUGCGAAAUGUGGGUAAAUUUUUCGCUCACCUUCUGUUUACCGAUGCCAUACAUUGGGAAGUGUUUGAUUGCAUUCAACUCAACGAAGAAGAUACGACGAGCUCAAGUCGAAUUUUCAUCAAAAUUUUAUUUCAAGAAUUGGCCGAAUACAUGGGCUUAAGUAAACUGAAUGCCCGCCUUAAGGAUCCAACGCUGCAAAAUUCAUUUUCCGGUCUCUUUCCGCGCGAUAAUCCACGUAAUACACGUUUUGCCAUCAAUUUCUUUACAUCGAUUGGUUUGGGUGGUUUAACCGAUGAGUUACGUGAGCACUUGAAAAACGCACCAAAAGUGGUUCCAACACCAGCUGUGCCGGAGAAAGGCGAAAAUUGUGAUGGUUCAUCGAGCUCGAGCAGUAGUAGUAGUAGCAGUAGUAGUAGUUCGGAUAGCAGCACCAGCAGUGGCAGUGAUUCCAGUUCAUCGAGCGAUUCAUCGUCGAGCAGCUCAAGCAGUUCGGACAGUGAACCACAGAAAAAGAAGAAACGAUUGAGCAAGAAAAAAUCGAAAGACAAGGGAAAAACAUCGAAAUCAAAACAGAAAUCAGAGACCGAUGAUGAAAAGGAUCGUAAAAAGCGAGACCAUGCGAAAAAGGAUCGACGAACAGACAACAGAGUUGAUCGAUCGGGUCGGUCAAGCGAACGCAAACGUAAGAGAAACCGAAGUAUUGAACAUUCUAAAUCAAGACGUUCCAAAGAUCGAUCAAGUCAAAAAGAGGAAAAUGGUCAUAAAAAACGAAAAUAUGAUGAUGAAAGCGAUUCGGACAAACGCGAUAAACGGGAUUACAAACACGAAAAAAGCAAGGGCAAAGAUUCAGAUGGUUCGAAAAAGAAACGAGCUAGGGAUGAAAGUUCAGAUAGAGUUGAGAGAUAUGACAAAAACGAUAAACAUGAUCGGAACGAAAAAUACGACAAAAAUGGAAAGAAUGAUAAAAAUGAAAGACCGCGUAGCAGAGAUAGGGACAGAGAGCGACGGGAUAGAGAUAGAGAUCGCCGCCGUGACAGAAGCACAAGUCGGCAUCGGUCCAGAGAACGUAGUCGUAAUCGGUCACCACAACAUAAAAAACGUGACGAAUAUCGCUCGCGCAAAGAACGAAAAGUAUCCAGUGAACGAGGUUGAUUAUUCAAACAACAAUCCAACGUGGAAAAUUUACAGCAACUUUAAUAAAAUAAAUAACCAAUUUGUAUUGAUGAAUUCUUUUUUUUUGAAGUGAUGAAUAAAUAUUUUUUUUUGAACUCAAAA